GCGCAUUUCACACUUCACAUAUUUUCUUGUCUGAUUAUUUUGUACAUGUAGUGUGAAUCGGGACGUACACUUUAUCAAGAAUUUCCGUUGUUCACACAAAAUAAAACCAAGAUAAAAUUAGGUUUAGAAUUGGGCUGCCUGUAUCAAAAUAAUGAGCAAUCGUGGAACGCCUGACAGAAACCGCACUUCCAAGAAUCGAUCGGAGUUAUAAUUGAGUUGUUUGCUGUAAAGAGCCUUCUUUUAGCUAUUUCUUCGCUUAAUCGUUAGUCGCCUUUACUAUCAUCCUAAAAUUAUUGUAUUGAAGAAUCAAAAUAUGGAGUCUUCAAACUGGCAAACACAAUUUUCUACUCUCAGAGAACGUAGUAAGUACGCGUUCGACAAUUCACUGUUCUGUGAUAUCGAGUUCUCGGUUGCAGACGGCGAUAGAAACAAAGUCACCGUUCCAUCCAACAAGUACGUACUGGCUACCACCAGUCCUGUCUUUGCUGCCAUGUUUUACGGUCAUCUAGCCGAGAAUMAACCRACUAUCGACCUACCAGACUGCACUAAGGAAGGACUACAAGAAAUGCUUCGUUAUGCACAUUGUGAAGAAGCUAAUCUAACCGGAAGUAACGUAAUGGAGUUACUCUACCUCGCCAAGAAGUACAUGAUGCCAUUCCUAGAAAAGAAAUGUAAAGAAUAUCUCGAGACUGAAGUUGGUCCAGAAGAUGUGUUCAUUGUUUUACGACAAGUACGGAAAAUGGGAGAUGAAGACCUUCAAGAACACUUGUGGGAAAUUGUUGACAAGCAAACUCAUCGAGCCAUUUCUUCUGAAUCAUUUCUGGAUGYRUCUAAAGAACUGCUUUGCCAAGUGCUCAAAAGAGACACUCUUAGUUCAUCUGAAGUGCAUCUUUUCGAAGCUGUAGAUAAAUGGGCCACCAAGCAGAUUGAUGAAAGAGCAUUGGUUUGUGAAGGUGAGUCGAAAAGAACCAUCCUUGGAGAAGACCUCAUCCGACUGAUUCGAUUUCCACUUAUGUUUCAAAAGGAGUUUGUUGAAAUUGUUCUUCCAAGUAAAAUUCUGAAUAUGGAUGAAGUAACAGAGGUGCUUCAAAUCUUUAAUGACAUAAAUCCUGCGGCGAACAUCUUUAGUAAGAGAAGACGACAAUUCAGCCCUGCAUAUUUAGUGAUAUCAAGAUUUAGAAAUUGUAGUCCCAAUUCAUGGAGUUACAGAGGAUCAGUAGAUGCUAUAAACCUUACUGUCAACAAAGAUGUCAAUCUGGUUGGUGUGCGAUUAUUUGGCAGAAAAGACUUCAACUACGAUGUGACAUUGAAAAUCUACAAACGCAAUCGAAAUGAAUGUCAAGAUCUUGUCACGUCCUGGUCGUUGUUCAAGAGUGAACAGAUAGAUGGUUUGUACUAUGGAUUCACGGUUACUCUUGAUAAACUUGUGCGUCUAGUCUCUGGUCAGGUGUAUAGAUUGGAAGCUACAAUUAGUGGACCAACCUCAUAUAUUGGAAUCGAUGGUCAGGAAAGUGUACUUGCUGGAGAUAUUGUAGUAACUUUCUCUAAUGCUUCUGAGCCUAACAACGGUACUAGUGUUACUCAAGGUCAGUUUCCUUCGCUUAUUUUACAACAUCUGUGAUUGGAAAAGAUUACUUUGUAUUCUGAGAGGGUUUAAGAAGCAGAUCAUAUAGUCACAAACGAACAAUUUUCUCUCAUUUUUUUGUUACAAAGAAUAGAAUGUAGUCAUACACGCUUUCAUUCUUGAGCGCUGGCUUAUACUUCAUCGCCAAGAUAGCUCACAGUGGGCAUCAAUUCAGACGCUGUGUAGAGUGAAGUUGUAGGGCUAGCUAGCAUAAUAUUGAGAUAGCGAGACGGUUCAUGAUAUGCACGGUAAAAAUUAAUUUAAUUAUGCAUAAA